AUGACGACAAUGACAUCCCUCGCGCUCGCGCGCAGCUCUCCUGCGUCCGCUGCCGCCUCCUCCCCAAUUAAGCCGAUCCUCCGAAAAGCCCCAACCGUGUUGGGCACGCGAUCACGAUCCGAUGACUCGGAUGGGGCAGACGAGGACGAGCCUCCGACGAAGAGACAGAAGAAAACUGUCGCGUUCAACGAGGACCUCAACAUGGUCAAGGAGAUCAGCAGCAAGAGCCUGGAAGAGGCCAAGCGGGAGGUGAAGCAGGCUUUGGAGGGGCACAGCCGCGGCGACGAUGAGGACUACGACCACCUGAAGGAAUUAUUCGCGCCGAGGACAAAACAACUUACGCCUGAUGACGACGAUGACGAGGAGCGCGUGAAACCGCAGGAUCUGAUUGCCUAUGUUGUCGCGCUGACGGGCUACGCACCGCUGCUUGGCCGGUCGUGCUCUGGCCUGCUCGGGAGCAUCCUGCGGUGCGCCUGGCUGGAGCGGGACGAGGACUUUGCCAUGGCAUACAUUCAGCUCCUUGCGGCGCUUUCAUCAAUACAGAUGUCGAUCUUCACGCAGGUGCUUACCAUGGUCGUCGACAAGUUCACCGAGACGCGACACGCCUCGAGCGUGGCGGGCUUUCCGCCAGUCGAGCCCGAGACGAAGAAGAGGUGGCUACAUAUUGGCGUCAAGUACCUGCUCGAGCUAUUCCCCGCCGGCCCGCACAUCAUCCUUGACUUGGUCACGUCCAAGUUCCCCUACAGCGAGGAGUCGAAGGCCACGCACCUGGAGUAUAUUGACCAUCUCCUACGACUGAAGGCCACGAGGCCUGAUCUCGAGCGGGAUCUCAUGGAGCUGAUCCUCUCGCGGCUGGUCAAGCUGGACGUCGAGAUGACGCUCGAUCUGGAAAACGACGACGACGAGAUUACCCGGGCAGUGCUGCGGCAGCUCGAAGCCUCGGACGCGAACAACGAGGACGAAGAUGACGAGAGCGACGCCGAUUCCGUACUGAGCGAUGAGGACGACUUGGACGAGCAGGCUAAGCGCGUGCUGACUAUCAAGAGCAAGCUGGAGACCAUGGAUGCCAUCCUUGAUCUCCUGUUUUCGAUCUAUACCCCGGUAUUUGAGGAUCCGGACAGCCCAGAGGCCCUCGAGGCGUUCCAGGACCUGCUGAGCGACUUCUCGAACGUCAUUCUUCCGUAUCUCAAAUCCCGACACACGCAGUACCUCCUCUUCAAGUUUGCCGUGAAGUCCACCCGGCUCAUGGACAUGUUUAUUGGGACGCUGUUCAACCUUGCGUUUGAGCCGACGAAUCGACGGGCACCGGUCGUCAAGCAGGCUGCGGUUGCUUACUUGGCGAGCUUCACUGCGCGCGGCGCCGCCGUCCAGAGUGAGCAGGUGCAGAUGAUCACCAACACGCUGCUCGACCACAUCGAUGUCUACCGCGUCACGCACCCCGACUGCCGCGGGCCAGACGUGAGGCGGUACAGCCAGUAUUAUGCGUACUUUCAAGGCUUGCUUUAUAUCUUCUGCUUUCGCUGGCGUGACUUAAUCGACCGGGAUCAAGUACCCUCAAGCCUCGACUGGGACGACCCCGCCUCAUUCAUUGGGCGCGAGCUCCCCUGGAUGGCCGGGCUGCGGUCCAGGCUGCAGGUGAACAUUGCCAGCAAGCUGAAUCCCCUCAAGUGCUGCUCGCCCGUCAUCGUCGAGGAAUUCGCCCGCCUCUCUCACCACCUUGGGCUUAUCUACAUCUACCCCCAAAUCGAAAAGAACAAGUCGAUCCACCUCUCGCAGUUCUUCACGGGGAGCUACGCCACCGGCGGCGCCCUGCGCGACACGGGCUUCGAGCUCGACGGGCCCGAACUCACCCACCUCGAGGCCUGCUUCCCCUUCGACCCGUUCCAGCUGCCGGUCGCGCGGCGCUGGCUCGACCUGAAGAACAGCUAUGUCUCGUGGCGGCCGAUGGCGCUGCUUGAUCGGGAGGCGGGCGGUGGCGGUGAGCAGGAGGAGGAUGGGGAGGGCGAGGAGGUAGAAGAAGAGGGGGAAGAAGAAGAGGAGGAGGAGGAGGAGGAGGAUGAGAGUGAGGCUGGGGAUGAGGAUGAGGAGGAAGAGGAUAGGAGUGAGGUUGGGGAUGAGACUGGUGAUGAGGAGGGCGAUGAUGAGAAUGAUUGA